UCUGAACCUGUGUGUUACUGUUACUGGUGUCAGGAGAAAAAAUGUUACCCGUUAUUCGACGGAAAAUAACGUUAUUAUUUAAUCUGUACGAAUUGGGCCAGUUGGUUUGCAGUCCUGAGUUGACUGAAUCGAUUAAUUCUUUAGCUAAAGAACUCGCUUCGGAACAUAGUAAACUUUUGUUGAAUAUUGAUGUCGAGGAUCAUCUGAAUCAUGAGAUAUUGGAGAAAAUCGAGUUUUACACGUCCAAAUUAAAGAUAUUGAUUGGAUUUUGUAAUGGCCAAUUCAAUGCUAAUUCUAUUAAGUUGCCUAAGAUUAAAUUAGAAUUUUCAGGCAAACAACGAGAUUGGCUAUCAUUUUUAAAGAUUUUUGAAGCAUUGUUAUCGAAAAAUGGUUUUUCUCUUGAGGAGAAGUUUUUACUAUUGAUGAAUGCCCUGCCUUUGUUUAUCAAGAAGGAUUUGCCUAUGGUUCCUACUGAAGAGAAUUUUGAAUGGAUUAUUCAACAUCUUUCAUCGAAGUUUGGGGAUGUGAAUGAGAUUGGUCGUAAUUUGCUAUCAGAAGUGGAAAAUUUAAGUUUAAAUCGUCGAUCACCUUUAUAUUUGGUGGUCGAUAAACUGUCUGUAUUGUAUGCUCAAGCAUUGAAUUUAUCUAUUUCGGAAGAGGUUCGUGAAUACGUGUUCAAGAAGAAAUUGUUUGCCGCUAUAUCAUUACCGUUGGUGGGUCGUUUGAAAGAGGCUGGUUUGGUUUCGGUUAAAGAUUGUUUGGCCUUUUUGUCUCGUCAGGCGAAAGUCGAGAAGGAGUGGCGUUCGUGUGGUAAUUACGGUGAUGGUAUCUCGUUUUCAAGUGGUAGAUCCGUUAUCGCUUUGUGUCGUUUGUGUGGCUUUAAAGAUCAUAAGACGUUUGCUUGCAGAGUUGGUUCUGCUGCGUCUCGCAAGAAAAUGGCUAUGCUUAAAAAAUUGUGUUUACGCUGUUUGCAACCUGGUCAUCUUGCUAAGGAUUGCAAAUCGAAAUUUUUGUGUACGAGCUGUCGUGGAAUGCAUUCUUCAAAUGUCUGUUCAAAUGCUUCUCCUGGUCGGUCCACGAAAACGAUGAAUAAUGUUGAUAUUAAUGAUGAUGUUAAAGACGAGUUUUCCGAGGCUUUAAACUGCCUCGCCCUCUCAGACAAUUGAUUCGUUUACUGGUUCGCAUUAGUAAUAAAGAUGUUUUUGCUCUGUA